GAAGUGUCCAGGCGCUGUUUGUUGUGAUAUCUGUUUUUGUUGUGAAGAGCAAAGGCGAGGAUCAUCUCUGCUCGGAUGGACCUAUGGUGAACAUUAUAGAGAGGUUAGAAUGUAAAACACGAUGGCUGGCUUUGAAACGUACCAGGAGUAUCAGCGAAUAGAAGAUUAUGAGGAAGACUCACCUCCAGGAGAGGAAGAUUUACUCAUCCAUGUGCCAGAGGGCAGAGGAGACCCGUGGCAUCAUAUCAAGAAUCUCGACAAUUUCUUCACAAGAAUCUAUCAUUUCCAUCAGAGGAAUGGAUUCGCCUGUAUGGUGUUAUCAGAGUUUUUUGAACUUGUGCAAUUCCUGUUUGUGGUCACGUUUACAACUUUUCUCUUUAACUGUGUGGAAUAUGAUGUUCUCUUUGCCAACCGAGUGGUCAACCACACGGGUCAGAGCCUCGGUCCUCUGGACAGGAACAAGGUCACCCUUCCUGAUGCGAUUUUACCCAGCGAGCAGUGCACUGAGAGGAUUCAAGGAAACAGCUGGAUCAUCUUCCUCUUGAUAAUGGCAGCCAUUUUCUGGGUCUAUCGACUCGUGAAGGUGAUCUGCAACGUCCUCAGCUACUGGGAGAUCCGACAGUUUUAUAAAAAAGCACUGAAAAUACAGAUGGUAAGAGAUGAUCACCAACAAGAUUAUAGUUUAAAGUGCAUAUUUAACAUGCUGUGUCUGGCUUUUCAUAGUUCUUACUCUUUCAAGCUGGCAUCAGUCUCUUACAGGUCGUUUAUUCCAGAUGAACAUAUGGUGUGGUGUCCUGAACAGCUGCUUCAGUGUGUCCUGGCCCACAUUCACUACAUGCCCGACCACUGGAAGGGCAAUGCCAACAAGAGCGAGACCCGCGACGAGAUGGCACAGCUUUUCCAAUAUAAAGCGGUCUUUAUAUUGGAGGAGCUUCUGAGUCCCAUAAUUACCCCCUUCAUCCUCAUCUUCUCCCUGCGGAGCAAGUCUUUAGAAAUCAUCGACUUCUUCCGUAACUUCACCGUAGAUGUGGCAGGGGUGGGAGACAUUUGCUCAUUCGCCCAGAUGGACAUCAGGCGCCAUGGAAAUCCACAGUGGAUGUCUGAAGGUCAGACGGAGGCCUCAGUGUACCAGCAGGCUGAGAAUGGGAAGACGGAGCUGUCUCUGAUGCAUUUUACCAUCAAAAACCCAUGCUGGCAGCCCCCGCAGGAGAGCUCUGUGUUCAUCAGCCAUCUGAAGGAGAAGGUGCAUCAGGACGCUCAGACAGGACCAUCUCCUCAGCUGCUGCUGUCCGAGGCUCCUCUUUGUACCUCGCUGCUGUCCAAUGAGUCCGCAACGUGUCCUGAUAACCUGUUAGCCAGUGUGUUGGCUCACCCCGUACUGACCGCCUCCGGACUGCCUGGGAGGAAUCGCCACUUUAUCCCACCGAGCAGUGCUGCUUCCGCUGCCGCUAGUGUCCUGGCGUCCCUUUCGUCUUCUCAGCAGCCCCACGCCGGCCGUUCUCGCUCACACACUCUCCUGCCAUCCCGACAGCACCACGACAGCACCAUGUACUGCAGCGACCACACUGUGGGCAACAGCAUGUCUGCAAGUGACUCCAGGGUGCUCAGCCAGUCUCAUUCGGGCCUGGCGUCAGAGUUCGCAUCAGCCGAGAUGAGCUUGCAUGCUAUAUACAUGCACGAGGUACAUCAGCAAAAGACCCAGCAUCCAUCUGGACCAAUUCAGGCCUCUGUGCCAAUGAAGGACUUGAGCACCAACUGUGCUCAAGGUCCUCAGAUACAGUUUGCACAGACAGUCACCUUGGUGCCACCCACUUCUGGCCGCUUGGGUGGCUGGGCUGAAGAGGAAGAGGAGGAGCAGGGCGACGAGGAGGAGAUAAACACCAACCCUGUGUCGGAUCAGACCAGCAGAGGGAGCAGCUGAAGUGCCUUCAACCUGUACAUUUUUGUUCAUUUCUGGUAGCUGUGGCCUUACUUUGGUUUGAAACCCUUUGAUCAAGCGUGUUGGGACGCCAUACCAAGCAUGUCGUUCAAGGAGCCCGUCUGAGCCGUUCGGUUCUCUGGACGCACCAUCUUCCAGUUUAGAGGAACUGUGACGUAACGGACUGCAAGAGUAUGUCUGCCACUUCCCCUCCCUCGUCACGUCACUUACAUUUACAUUUCAGACUGCUGUGUGUUUGUGUUGGAGUGUGUGUUUUUGUUUUGUUUAUGA